ACACACACACACACACACACACACACACACACACACACACACACACACACACACACACACACACACACACACAAACACACACACAGAUCAAAAUACAGACUGAGAUAUCUUGAGGAGAACUCACUCGAAGAACAUUACAAUGCACACAAGACAGAAUUUAUUUCUGUUAUUUUCUUUUAUCAUCGCUUUACUCCUUGGGGUCAGUUACUUCAGCUACACUUCCUCCUGGUUUAGUGAUGCGUUGGAGUGCAGACCGACUGUUGACGAAAAACAUCAUGUUCAGAUGGACUUACUCUUUCCUACAGGAACGGGAUACAAACAGCCCAGUGUCAGUAGUAGUCGGCCAGAUGUUGCCACAACAUCCCCGUGGUUAGCUCCGAUUGUUUGGGAGGAUACAUUUGACCUGACAGUGAUUGACGCCAUCUACAAACAACAGAAUAUCACCGUGGCAACCACCGUCUUCGCUCUGGGCAAGUAUGUGCGUUUCCUGAAGGACCUCCUAGAGUCUGCGGAGCAGCACUUCAUGGUGGGCUACCGAGUGCAUUAUUACAUCUUUACAGAUCUCCCGGAUGAAGUUCCCGCGGUAACACUGGGUGAGGGGCGUCAGCUGAAAGUGAUAAAAACAGCAAGCAUGAACCGCUGGCAGGAAAUCUCGCUACGCAGGAUGGAGAGGAUUGAGAAUCUCAUCCAAUACGAACUCAUCAACAAGACAGACUACAUUUUCAGCCUCGACGUAGACUCCAAAUUCUAUGCUCACUGGGGGGCGGAGUCUCUGGGUGACCUUGUCGGCGUGCUGCAUGCCUGGUUUUUUGGAAGUUCUCGGGAACGGUUCACGUACGAGCGGCGUCCCGAAUCUCAGGCUUACAUCCCUUUAGACGAAGGAGACUACUACUACGGUGGGGCCGUGAUCGGAGGACGCCCCGAAAAAGUGCUCAAACUGGUGAAGACGUGCCGCAUGCAGCUGGAUGUAGACCGAGCCAAUAAGAUCGAAGCGGUUUGGCAGGAAGAGUCUCACCUGAACAAGUACUUCCUGUACAACAAACCCACCAAGUUGCUCUCACCUGAAUACCUGUGGGAUGACAAAAAAGGGAAACCCAGUUUCAUGAAAGUGGUGCGUUUCUCACAGGUGGUCAAGAACUACGCUGAGAUUCGACCCAACCCUUAACGCACAACGUGCCUCAGCAGGACAGUACAGGUUUUCACCAAAUAAACAUAAGAGUUUUUCUUGCUGUCACUCACCUUUCUUGUUGAUGUGAUUCCUGGAUGUGACACCAAAUCUUUCAAUAGCAUGUUACUGCAUUAACACACUUGAACUUAAAGGUUUCUGUAUAUCUGGGGGGGACAACGACAAUGAUUUGCUGAUUGCCUUGAUACAAUAAAACUAGAAAUUCUAA